AUGGUCGCCGCGUGUGAGGCAUGUCGAAGCCUGAAGAUGCGCUGUUCGAGGUCGGCACUGCCAGAGGGGUCGACCGACACGCAGGACCCAUGCGACAGAUGCAAACACCAUCGUCGUCCAUGCAAAGUGCCCACUCCUCGUCCUUCGGGACGAAAGCCAGGGUCUCGGGGACGCUAUCACGGUGUUGAAAAGGCUUUGCGCAAGAUUCAGACCGAGCUGAGGAAAGCAAAGCCACCGACGACCUCGUCAGAUUGGCCUGACCAGGCAAAUAUCCUUGGACUUCUAGGCCUUCCUGAAGGCAAAGAGGAGAUUUUGCAUCUCAUGCUGUCGAGGAAUGGCACUCAGAGUCACUCCGAACCGCAGAAUGAUGUUCCCGUGCCCCUUCAUGAUCCCGAGGAGGGAAUUGCCCCGGCGGUGUCCGGAGUGCCUGCAACCAGCACAACAUAUCCUCACGAACCUCCUCGCUUGGAUACCGUGAGCACCUCGCAGAGCCCACCAGGAAAUGCAUCACCCGAUGAUACGAGCGCAUCGGUCAGCAAUCCGCUGGGCCUCGUGGCUGACGCAUGCGGAGAGACUCACGACUUCGAUCAGCAAUCAAACGACAGCAUUCCGUCUCUCACAUCCGAGCCGGGAUCUAGUUUCAUCGCAACAUCAGGCGAGGCCGAGCCUCGGACUCUACCCCGCUAUCUUUUGAGGCGCCCUGGUUAUGUUUCCCUGGGCCUGAAGCUCAAUAGGAAGACGCUAGAAGAUGGUCUGGACGCCCUGUUCUCCCAGACUGCUCCCAUUUGCAAGUACUCAGACUAUUUCAAACCUUCUGAUGCGGCCAAGCAUCGGGAUACGGGUCCAGACUUAGACCCAGUUGAGUUGGGUUUGGUCUCUGUGGAAGAAGUCAAUUACCUCUUCCCUCUGUUUUUUGAGAGAUUGCAUCCCAUCAACGGUAUCCUCGAUCCUCUGUUGCAUACUCCAGAAUUCGUACAAUCUCGGUCUGCCCUAUUAUUCACCUGGAUCUUGGCCAUCUCAGCACAGUUCGAUCAUCACUCGGGGUCUAUUUCCAAACGGCUACGCAUUCACGGCGAACACUUGUCGAAACAAGUGUACGCCAAUGGAUAUAAAUCUGUUGAAAUUGCACAAGGCUACUAUAUUUCCCUGCUCUCUGCGGUGCCUGCUAACACGAUGGCCGAAGAACGAUCAUGGCUAUACACCAUUUACGCCUUUGGCGUCGCAGCAGAACUGGGCCUGGAUCGUGAAGCCCAAGCCCAUAGACACUUCAACCACGUAGCCGGAAUAGAGAAGAAUUAUCAAGCCUUGUCGCAUCAUCAUUCGGCGGUUGAAGCGUUCGAUGACAGAGACGACCCUCAUCAUCGAGAGGACUAUCCCCAAGAUGCAGAUGCGAUGUAUGCGGAAAGACUGGCACGCAACCGAGAGCGGACCUGGCUACGAAUUCUACUUUGGGAGCGAGCGCACAGUGCCGCCCGGGGCCGUGUCAGCGCAUUCCCGGAGACGGAACUGACCCGGAAGAUCGAGACCUGGCACCUUCACACAUUGGCUAACCCUGUGGACAAGUAUACUUGUGCAUUUAUCGUACUGCGUCAACACCUUGGCACGCUCCAGAAUGAACUCAAGCGACAGAUAGGCUGCCAGCACGCCUCUCGGCACUGGGUGAGAGAGCUUCUAGAUUCCAUAUUGGAGCCCUGGUGUCGCACGUGGCUUGAGACCCCCGAUGGACCCGCGCCGCCUUCUGCUCCGCACGUAUCCAACACCUUCCUUCGCUUUGUGUAUAUGCAUGGAAGACUGUGGACCUUGUCGUUAGCUCUUCAUGGAAUUGUCGAUGGAGGUCAGGACGCGGCAGCGAUCAAAGCCGACUGCUUCGAAGCCGCGGUAAAUUGCUGCGAGAUGGCGGUACAUGACCUGCUCGAGAUAGGUGAACCCAUCUAUUGCAUGCUGGCCCCAACGUGGGCAAUGAUCUCCUACUCGGCCGUUUUGGCGCUACGACUCUUUCCGCUCUUGUACGGCGGUAAGCAACCAGGCAAUGAAGUCGAACUUCUCUCCCUUCUAUCCCAGGUCGCGCUUCAACUUGAGCGAGCCGGCACCACCCCAUCUCACCGCUUCGGAAUCGCAGCCCUUCUCGGACAGCAUCUGUUUAAGAUCCUGCGGACCAGAGCGAAUGUGUUGAUCCGAGUGGCCCAAGUCGGUGCCUCUCAUUCACUUCCGGCACCGAGUCCCGGGUUCGAAAGUCAGGGGCUCGGCCAUCAGACCUCUCAAUCCGAUGCACAACAUUUCGACCCGUUUCUCUCGAACUCUGAUCCAUUUCUCACUCUACCUUUCCUGCCUGGAGGCGACGAAGACGAUGAUUCUGUUGAAGGCUUCCCGGAUGUCCUUUGGGACUGGGUUGGCCAUGGUUUUGUCGGCAUAGGAUGA